AGAAGGGUUGAAGAAAUUCGCCAUGCAAGUUCACUGAAGUUAGCUAAAGAAGUAGAAAGCCAAACUGGGGUGAUUGUUUCCCAUGACACAAUACGGAAUGGCAUGCAUGGGUGUCAUCCACGAGGAAAGCCUCUCCUAAAGCCCGUGCACAAAAAAGCCCACCUAGAUUUUGCCAGGACCCAUGCUGAAAGAAGAAGGCUACUGGGACUCUGUAAUCUGGAGUAAUGAGAGCAAGAUAAAUGUUUUGGUACUGAUGUCUUCAAAACUGUAUGGCGUUGCAAAGGUGAGGAGUACAAAGAAAAAUGCAUGGUGAAUUCAGUGAAACAUAGUGGUGGCAGUGUCCUUCUGUGGGGUUGCAUGAUGCUCUAUAUUGAAAGAGAAGAUGCUACCAUCACUCCGUGCCCUUGGUAGUCACGUACAUUUCCAACAUGACAAUGAUCCGGAACACACAUCUAAGGCCGCUGUUGCAUUUCUAAAGAAGAACAGGGUGAAAGUGAUUCAGUGGCCAAGUAUGUCUCCUGAUCUGAACCCAAUCAAACACCUAUGGGGAAUUCUGA